AAUAAUCUCGAAACUAGAAGUCGAUUCUUCAUCAUUUCGUGUGUUUUCAAGCAAAAAGUAUCCGGCAUCUCGGACUUUUAUUAAAGACACAUCACAUAAUUAAAUUAAAGAAUAAGUAAAUAUUUGAAUGAAAUGGAAUAUAAAUUUGGAUAUUGUGUUUGCAUUGUACUGUAACUUGGACGUAUUUUUAAAUUCUUGUCUUGUCUUGAUAUAUUGCUUCUUCCGAGCGAAUUUGAAUAUUUUAUUUAAUAGCUAGAAUGGCUGAUAGUGCAGCAAUAGAAAGGGAAAAGCAUAUGAAACAAUUAAAACGUAGAAUGGAAUGUUGGCGUGAAGUGAUACUUCCAUUAAAUUCUAUUUUAUUAUGGGAACGAUCUUGGUAUCCUGGUCUUAUACUUGGAAUUACAACUACAAUAUUUUUUUUGAUAUGGAUGUUGGAACCUGCAAUACUUACAAUAAUAUCUGUCUCUCUUCUUAUAUUGGCUUUGGUUGAUUAUCUUGUACCACCUGUAUCAUCUUUGCUAAGUCCUGUUAACAAAUGGACUGGCCAGAAAGAGAAAAAAUUAAAUGAAAUUUGCCAAAAUUUAUCUAUCAUAAUUUUACAGUUACAAAGUCUAUGGAAAUUAAUGUUAAAGACAAGAAAUGAUCGUCCUAAUGUUUAUUAUGCAGGAAUAAUAACUUGUCUCAUUAUUUGUAUAUGGAUUGGAAGCACAAUUAAUAAUUUGCUGUUGUUUUAUAUAACAGUGAAUAUUCUUUUACUUACACCAGGAUUCAGAUAUAAAGGACGAGCAAUGUCAGUUAUAUCAUAUGUGCGCGAUUCUUUAUCUCAUGAUAAACAAUCAUAAUCAUCAUUUUGUAUGUGUUUUUCUUCAUUCUCUGUGAGACUUAUCUACAAUAAAUUAAUUCGUAAUUUAUUAAUUCAUAAAUAGGGAAAACUAGCUUUUCAGCUUUUUAAAAGUACAAUUAUUGUUAUAUAAAUUAUGCUUUCAUUUUCUUUCAUCAUUUUAUGUAAUAUUUAUUAUUGCAUGCACUUCAUUUUAUAUGCAUUUUUAUACUCCAAAUGUACUUAACAUUAUUCUUCAUUCAUUAAUAACAAAUUUCAUCUUUCAUCAGAAUUCAUUUUCAUAAAAGAAGUAAUUAUGUAAGUAAUAUAGUUAACAUGUUUAUCUAAAGAAAUUUAAUUUAAUAUUGGCGUUAAUUUUAUUUUUUCAUGAUGAUCAUAUUUAAAAUAUUUGAAAAU